AGCGCAAGAGCGUGUGGAUACCAUGUUGGAGUCUAUCGGUAUUGAUGUAAUUCCUGAUCAUAAGGAGGGCUGUCCGUAUUAUCGCUCAUCCUCAAAGCGAAGAUCUAAGCUGCAUAUGCUUUCUCGAGAUUCUGAUGCAUUUGAAGUCAAAAAAGUAGUUCCCAUAGCGUCAUCGGAGAACACUACAUCACCGUCAUCUGAUGAAGUGCGAGUAAAAAUGGAGCAGGCAGUGCAGUCCGGCAUUCUGCAAGACGAUGAUGAAACAGCGUCGCCCACAGAAAUGAAAAAAAGAAAGUUACGAACACGCAAAAAGCAUGGUCUUCCUCGUUUUCCUAUUAUGCCCGAUUCUAUGGUGACGAAUUUGGAUCUCCGUAAGGACCAAUUAGAGCAUUGGCUGCAAAUGUUGCUACAUAUCCCUAUCAACAGGAAUCACCACGAAACUGCCGAAUUCCUCGAAGUAUCUCGUUUCUCUUUUGUAAAUGAAUUAGGUGGCAAGCAUACAGAAGGCUUCGUUAAAAAGCGACCCGGUGGUGCUCGAGUAUAUCUUGGAUGGAAGCAAUGUUGUGUGCGAUAUUGCUUGCCAUGGGCAUACAUGGAUCAUAGAACAGAGCAGAUCCGUUUGGUCUUGUUAAUGGAUAAAGAUUUUAAGGUGUGAUA